AUGGAAAAAGAACAUUUGGAUGAGUAUCAACCUCUGCUUAUUAAAAAAAUCAAAGAUAAAAAGCGACCAAAGCUUCCAAACAAAUCACUUCUGCUGGCUGCCUGUGCUGCUUGCAUAGGGGGAACCUUCCAGUAUGGAUAUAAUGUCUCUGUCAUCAAUGCACCCACAAAGUACGUGCAGAAUUUCAUUAACCAAACCUGGAGGGAGCGUUACCAAACGGACAUAUCAGAAAAUGUUCUCACCCUGCUUUGGUCCACUAUUGUGUCUAUAUUCACCUUAGGAGGAUUGAUAGGAACAACGAUCGGUGGGACAUUGUCUGUGAAGCUGGGGAGGAAAGGGACACUGUUGACCAAUAAUACAUUUGCAUUAGCAGCUGCUCUGCUGAUGGGUCUGAGUUACCCUACAGGAUUAUUUGAAUUACUCAUAAUUGGACGUCUUCUCACUGGAAUAAAUGCAGGCAUUGGCAUUUGUGUUCAACCUCUGUAUUUGGGGGAAAUAGCUCCAACCAUGUUUCGUGGCGCCAUGGGAAUGGGAACCUCAAUUUUCAUCACUGGAGGGAUCUUGACUGGACAAGUGAUUGGCCUUAAAGAGCUCCUGGGCAGAGAAGAGUACUGGCCCAUCCUGCUCUCCACCACAUGUAUCCCAGCGAUCCUGCAGCUCCUGAUCCUGCCCUGGUUCCCAGAGAGCCCGCGCUACCUACUCAUUGACAAAGGAGACAAGGAGGGAUGCAAGAAAGCCCUCAAGCAACUGCACGGUGUAUCUGGCUGGGAUGUUGAACAGGAGGAUAUCGAGAAGGAGAAGGCUAAUUUAGCAGGUUUCCAGGCCAAGAAGCCCUGGGAGCUCUUUGCUGAUUGCAGUUUGCGCUGGCAGCUUCUCACCAUCAUGCUGCUCAACACUGCACAGCAGCUGAACGGCAUCAAUGCUAUUUAUUUCUAUGCAGAUUACGUGUUCAGACAGUCUGGUAUUUCCGAUGAUAAAAUACCAUAUGCGACUGUUGGCACUGGUGCCUGUGAAUGCAUCACUGCUUUGACAUGUGGUAUGCUCAUUGAGUCUCUGGGAAGGAAAGUGCUCAUCACUGGAGGAUACACGCUGAUGAGUAUUUGCUGCAUUUUAUUCACGCUGACGCUCACUUUUCAGGAUGCCAGCCCAGUUGUUCCAUACUUGAGCAUGGUCUGUGUUUUUGCCUUUAUCCUGAGUUUUGGCUUAGGACCAGGUGGCGUGACUAACAUCUUGACCACUGAAUUAUUCACCCAAACCACGCGCCCUGCAGCAUACAUGAUCGCAGGGUCAGUGAACUGGUUAAGCUUCUUCUUCAUCAGCAUGGUCUUUCCUUUUAUUGUGGUGGGGCUGCAGCAGUACUGUUUCCUGGUGUUCUUGGCCGUCUGCUCCAUAGUGGCAAUAUACAUUUUCCUUGUAGUUCCUGAAACCAAGAACAAAACCUUCCUCCAAAUCCAGAAUGAGUUCCGGUCCUCCAACAGAAAGGCCGGCAGUGCUGAUGGCACCGAGGCAACACUGUUGUCAACUUCUAUAUGA